UCAAUGCAAAACUAUCACAAACUUUUUUUGUUAUUAAUUGUCAUAAAACUAGAAUUAGAAAAUGUCUGCCCUUCAUUGGGAGGCUCGCCGAAAGCAAGCGGUGAUCGAUAGGAAAGCGGAACAGCGCAACAAAAGUGACCCGAUCCCCGAUGAAGCACCAGAUCCAUACGAAAAGCUAAAAAAAGCAAGCGUUGCUGAAGAUUUACGAUGGGAUACUGCCACACCAACUACCACUCUUUUCAAUAGGUCCCAAACAAAACUUGUGAAAAGAAAACAAGACAAUUCUACGAAUGCAAUAUCGAAAGAUGAAAAGUGCGAACCGCAUCAGGAAAAAAAUAAAACUUACAGCGCUAAGAUAAGCAAUCGUUAUUCGUCCAUUGAUUACGUUCAGCAAUAUUGACAUCGUCAGGCCUUUUCAUAUUUAUACAACACUAUUUAGGAUUUAGAAUUGAUGAAGUGAGCAUAAAAAUUGAGUUUAUUUCAAUUGAAAUAUACGAAAGAUUUAUUUAAAAUA